CUAAUACUUCACUGUAAAUGCGUCGGUUAAUCUCCCAGCGGUCUUCUCUGGAGACUUUGGAGGACAUUGAGGAAAAUGCUCCGCUACGGAGAUGUCGGACUCUUUCAGGUUCACCCAGACCAAAGAAUUUUAAGAAGAUUCAUUUUAUCAAGAGCAUGAGGCAACACGAUACCAGAAGUGGAAGAAUAGUCCUUAUCAGUGGCAGAAGAUCCUUCUGUAGCAUAUUUUCAGUGCUGCCGUAUCGAGACUGUACCCAGAUCGGGGAUAUGAAAUUAGAAAUAGGACGCCAGUGCCAUUCUACUGGAGGAGUGUAUUUAAAAGAGAUAAUUGGUCUUGAAGGUGUGGAACUAGGGGCUGAUGGGAAGAGUGUUUCUUACACACAGUUUCUAUUUCCAACCAAUGCCUUGGGAACACGGAGAAAUACAAUUGACUCCACCUCCUCCUUCUCCCAAUUUCGCAAUGCAAGCCAUCGUAGCCUUUCCUUGGCAAGAGCUAACAGCACCCAGGGCAGCAUUGACACAGGCAGUGACCUGGGAGACUAUAUUGACUAUGACCCAAAUCUUUUAGAUGAUCCUCAGUGGCCGUGUGGCAAGCACAAGAGGGUUUUAAUAUUCCCUUCAUAUAUGACUACAGUAAUUGACUAUGUGAAGCCCUCCGAUCUCAAGAAGGACAUGAAUGAGACCUUCAAGGAGAAGUUCCCUCACAUCAAGUUAACCCUCAGUAAAAUAAGAAGCCUAAAGAGGGAGAUGCGCAAACUAGCUCAAGAAGAGUGUGGUUUUGAGGAACCCACUGUGGCCAUGGCCUUUGUCUACUUUGAGAAGCUUGCUCUCAAAGGGAAACUAAACAAGCAGAACAGAAAGCUUUGUGCUGGAGCAUGCGUUCUUCUAGCAGCCAAAAUCGGCAGUGACCUCAGAAAACAUGAAGUUAAACAUCUUAUAGAUAAACUGGAAGAGAAGUUCCGACUGAACAGGCGAGAGCUGAUAGCCUUCGAAUUUCCAGUGUUAGUGGCCUUGGAAUUUGCUCUCCAUCUGCCCGAACACGAAGUGAUGCCACAUUAUAGACGUUUGAUCCGGAAUUCCUAGCACAGGCUACCCUUCGAAGAAGGGGUCUUAAGACUGUUUCUGUUCAGCUUUAUCAAGCUGCUGUUACUACUGGAAAUGCAAAAAUAGGACUCAAUACCAAACUUCUCUCCCUUCAAAUACCCCAUUUUUCCAGCAACAUAUUGGGAACACUGCAUUGAAUUUCCUAAGACUCUCAGACUAACUGAAUUCUUGUAGUGUUAACUACUCAGAGCAUGUGAACAACGAGAUGCAUAUUGAUGAAGAACUAACAGUAGAUGCCAGAACUGGGGGAAACAGACUCUUACCAUGGGGACCAAAGCAGUAAAAUUAGUUACUCAUAUCAGUCAUAUAAGAACAAAAUUAAAAUGGUAGCCUCCAUUCCCAUCCAUCUUACAAUCACCUGUACACUUUGUAAGUUAGUCAAAUGCAUUCUUGUAGUGUUCUGUAGAGACUUGCUCUGACUUACAAAACAAUUUUAUUAACAUUGUGGAAAAGCUUUUAAAAUGGUAUCUUCACUGUGUCGAAAAGAGCGUGCCAAUUUAUUUUUGUACCUGCUAUUGGAAGUGCACUUUUUCCUGUAGGAUGCCUGUGUGUAUGAGACAUUGAUUUGAUUUUGGUCCACGUGGGCUGGUUUGGCUAUUUAAGAGGAUAUCAUUUACUGAUGCUGAAGACCAAGGAGACUCUCCGUGUUUACUUCUUGACAACAUAACUACUGGAAAAGUAGUAAAUGGGAUCAUUUUUGGACACUUGUUUUUUAUCUCUGAUUUUUCAACAUCAUUUAUCUUUCUGAAGAUUACACUACUACUGCAAGAGAUGAAUCAGCAGCUGACCAUAUGUUUUCUGUCUUCUCUGUGAUAAUGAUGAAAGUAUUUAGUUUGCAAUUUAUAUGUAAUAGUUUUUAAAUGUCUUGUGUUACGCUACAUUCAUAUUUUUAACCUUCGCACUUUUCCCACUGUGGAGAUGGUUAGACUUGCACUUUGUAGUAUUUCUGUGCUCUAUGUUAGAGUGCAUACGCAGCACAUUAACUGUGCUACAUCUUAAACAGUAUUUUAUAAAAUCAAGAGUAGGGCUGAGGAGUAUAAUUGGUGUCUUAAGGCUUCAAUAUGGGAGACGCCUCAUAUUGGUAAAUUUUAAUUUUUAAAAAUAAUUGUGCAAAAUUUAAUCAAUGGCCAUUUAAAUUGUUAUGUAUGGUCCAGUACCUUUAUAGACAUUGCAGUACUGGAGUUUUAACAAUUUGUUUCCUGCAAUUUACAUGGUUCUGGCUGGAUAACCCGAAAAACUGGACAGAAUCAUUCUGGCUCUCCAGCAUUAUAUAUGCUAUGCUCAUAUGCUGAAGGACAUGUAUUAGAGUAAAGAAUUAAAUUAUUUUUAUAUAAUCUAUCUAUAACUGAUGUCCAACCUUCUCUAAUGCUGAUCCACUUGAUUCCCAACAUGCUUGAAACAAACUUCAAUAAAAUCAAAUACUUAACCUUCAUGGUGUAUAAAAAUUAAUCUGAAAACAAAUCUCAGGUAGGAAACUCCAACUGCAGCCUUAUCUCUAUGUUUGAGAGGGUUCAUGAUAUGGAAAUGGCUCAAGAGUGAGACAAACAAAUAUAUAAACACACACUAAUCUUUAUUUCAGUUUUAUUUUAACCGCUUUGAUGUCUUCCUCAGUUAUACCAGGAAUCACCUCAGUUAAAGCGCCUAACAAAAAUGUCAAGCCAGUUUCUUUUGCGGCACUACUCCUUUAAUCCUCACGUGGUGACAAAGAUUGUCUGGAAAGGUCAUGGAAAAGAGUCAGGAUGAAUGGGAAUUUUAUGCAGUGUUGUAGCUGCUUUCCCAUUUUAAAAAAGAGCUACUUGCACAUGUCAAUGCUACAAUUAAACCUCAUUCCUCUCUGUGUAUACAGUUUAUAAAACAAAAGUUUUAGAUGUCAACCUGAUAUUGGGGGAUGGGGAAUAGAGACCGAGAAAUGGUGCCUCCAAGGAUUUGCUCCAGCAUUGCUGACUGGCAGCAUUCCUUAUUCACUGGAAAGACAUGGCAUGAUGUUCUCCAAUCAGACGUGCUGCUGUGCCUUGAUUCUGCCAGCUGGCUCCAGUCUUGUAAGGAGGUAAACAACUGAAGGAUGCAAAAGGCUCGUGCAACAUUUAUUUGGGAUUUUUACAUUUCAAUACCUUGCCUGCUUCAUCGUGUAGCAGAAGGCCCAUAUCACGUGAACAGGCUCAUAAACCAAAACACAGCUGGCAUGUCUCAGUUUAGUCCUUCUAGUCUUGUCCAUGUCCUUCUAAUUUAAAUCAUGAAUACACAUUCCAGAUUUUUUUCAUUAAAGAGUUUUGGUUUUAAUAAUAUGGUCUAAGUCUAGAAGGAACUGUUGCCUGUGUAUAAAUACUUCAUUUGCUUGAGUUUGGUUUUGAUAUUGCUGUAGUUUGACAGGGGGAAAGGUAUCAUCAUUGAAAAAUACUGAUUGAAGGAUGACAGCAGUCAUUAGAAAGGUUAUUGAAUAAUAUCUCAUGUCUGUUGUCUUCUGUAAUGCUACAUAGUUCUGAUCUACAAUUUACAUAGGUGUCAGGGAUGAAAUCCGAUUGCUUAGAGACUUCCUGCUUUUAUUUGGAAUAAUGUUCAGCUACAGUUUGAAUAUUGAAUAAAUACUUAAAAGAUUAAAAUGUUGCACUGGUCACAUGGAAGAAUAUAAAGCCAUAUUGAUACAAAGUAUCAAAGCACAAAGCGUGGUAAGUAUAAUGAUGGUUAGGCCAAAGGAUAGUAUUUCCCCUUUCUCUGCCCACAGUUGAACACAGCUUGAAAACACAAGCUGAAGUGAUAAAGGAAAUGUAUACUAAACAAAAAAUGUUGAUUGUUUGCCUUUGUCUUGUACAUAAAUGACAGUUGACUUACAAAGUGUCAGUUUUGAUUUAAAAUGGGUUGGGAAAUAAUUCAUUCCAUAUAAGUCAUAGUAUGUUGAAAUUAUGUAACAUACACUCUUCCAUACAGAGGUUUAAAACAAAUAAAAAAGCAACUAUAUUUCCGGAGUCACAACAUGUAAAUCUGUUCAGAGUUAUUACUCAUGUAUCGGAGAGGGUUAAUUGUUGUUGUUUUCUACUGGGACAUAGAAGUCUGCUUACUGUGGUUGCCCUUUCUGACUAUAUUUAUGAUUCAUACAAAUGAAAUUCUCUGUUUUUCUGUAACUUGCAAGAAAAAAUCAGUCAUGACUAACAAAAUCCUUCAUCCCCAAGCCUUUCAUUGUUGACACAGGAGCAUGAAUUUAUGUAAGCCCUAAUGCUAAGUUUCUUCCAGACAGUUGGACUUUGGUGCCUGUUGACUUCAGAAAGACUCCAGGCUGGCGUAGUGACAUAGAACAUGUAGCAGGUCUGUGGCUUUAAUGGCAUUUUAGCCAUCCUUCGCUCUUACCUUUUUCCUUCAGUAUAAGGAGCUGGCUGGAAGAAAAACCAAUGUGCUUUCUUCAGUUUACAAAAAUAUAGAAUACCCUACAUAUUUGCAAAAGGAAUUUAUAACUGUAAUAACCUACUGAAAAGGAAGUUAACAUAUUUAUGAAUAAUGGAGACCAUUAGUAAAAGCAUGAAUGGCAGAGUUAUGCUACUGAAGAGUGCGUACUGGGUUUUCAGUAACAAAGAUUGGUAAAAUAAGACUAAAGAAAAAUACAACAAUUGUGCGAAAAAUUGCCAAAUAUUAGUAGACCAGAAAAGAAAAAUUGCUGUUAGUGUUUUUCAAACAUAUCUGAAACUGUGACUAGGAUGGUUCUAGUUCAACUGGAAGAUAAAAAGGUCAUUCGUAAACAAAUCCCUCUUAGGCUCAGUUUACACUAUGAUUUAGGGGUAUCAUUUCCAGCUCACACAGACAUACUUGUUCUAGCUCUCAUCUGAACUAGCACUCAAUUAGUAGUAGUAUGGCUGUAGUAAAAUGGAGGGAGGGUUGGCAUGGCAGUGGCUGCACACACUAAAGCCAGGUCUACACUACACCCAGAAGGUUGGCUUAAAGUACACAACUCCAGAUACAUAAAUAACAUAGCUGGAGCCUACAUAUCUUAAGCCGAGCUUGCCACCAUCUCCACAGUGGGAGUUCAAUGGGAGAAAUGUUUCCGUUGACUUCUCUGAUAGCAAGGAGUACCCGCGCCAACAGGGGUGCCUCAGCAUUUGAUUUAGCAGGUCUUUACUAUAUCUGCUAAAUUGAACCCUGGAAGCUCAAUCACCAGAAAAUCGAGGUUUCCAGGAUCUUGCAAAAAACGGUUUUUUUCCAACAAAUGGCCCCGUCUACACGGGGCUUUUUAUCGGCAAAAACCUCUUCCGCAAAAAGAAUCGGGAAAAGAUGUGCAAAUGAAAGCCCGAUUUGCAUAUCCUCUUCCGCAAAAAAACAGCAGUGUAGCCGUGGCCUAUGAGGUGGAGCGUUAAGAAGAAAACAUUAGAUAUCAUGAGAGCUGCCAACAUCAUGCCUAAGAUCUUCUCCCCCUGAAGUUAUCAGGUGUCAUUUAGGCAGUAAAGUUGAGGCCCAACAUAGCUCACCCCCUGGCCUCAAAGGCUAGAGAAAUUUGAAGCCAUUUCCUUAUCUCUAUUAUUUCAUUGUGGACUUUGAUCACAUAGUUGUGCUGUGCUGUGUUUUUCUGAAGCACAAAAGCAUUGUAUUGUAGCACAAAUGUUCAAUUAGUCGGCCACUCCCUGUCACAGCAAAAUACACAAUGGUUCCAUUUACUGUUCCUCUGCAGGUCUGCCAAGCUUUGGAUUUAUAUAGUAAAUUUUACUAAAAACAUUGUGUUCCAAAAGGUUUUAUACAAUCUUGAAGGGGGCAGAGUAUCCACUCUCUUUUAUUGUUGGUAACCUGUUGUAAAACACAGCAAGCAGAAACAUGCAGCAUGACAAGCAUCUGCAUAUGUUAUAGCAUGACCAGAGAAAAUACCAUCAAAUGCUAAAUUUGAGAUAUAACAAAUGCUGGUUACAUUUAUUCAAGAUAAUUAUACCAAAAAUGGAGAGAGUUGCAAAAUAUAUUACUUUAAUUAACAAGUGGAUUCCAUAUGAGCUAAUUUAGAAGUGAUAGUUGCCUGAAAGGGAUGGAAGAUUACGUGCCAUGAACAUGUGUAGAAAAAUUGCAGAAAUUAAUGGUAUGAAUCUUUGGUGAGAGAAUGUCUCACAACAUCAUAUAUCUAGAUGAAAACACCAGGAGUCUCUGCAUUUCCUUAUCAGAUUUUAUGUUUGCAAUAAACAAUCUGUUUAAUUUUAAAAAAAUCAGAAAAAAAAUCAAACUGAUGUAGAAACAUACUAGCUGUAAAGCUCUAAAACCUAUUUCUCAAAUAUUCAAAAGUAAGGGGGAAUUGAUGACUCAGGGAUUGGUAAUUGGAUAUAAAGCUUUUGUUUCUUAUGAAAGAAUUGUUAUCAUCUAAGAGUGUUCAGUAGUCUAUGUGAUAUUAUUUUAGUGGUUAUAGUCCAUUUCCCAGUGGACAGGUGACCAUAUAAAAGUAUGCACACAUGAUUGGCAUUCCUAGCUGAGAGGAAGUCUGGAGAGCAAACCAUCCUUUUUCCUUUUGGUGAUCUUCUCCGAUUAGAGAUUGAGCAUGUUGGUGGGGAAGUUUGUAGUACUGCUAGAGCUUCACUUUUCUGUGACUAUUUGUUUGUUAUAUUCUGAGUAUUUUACCCACAUAAAUUUAUGCUCUAAUAAAUCUGUUAGUUUCUAAGGUGCCACAAGUUUCC